CCCGCCCCAGUCCGAGGGAGGAAAGGGGGGCGGAGCGGAGCAGCCGCCGCCGCCGCGUACAGGAGCUAUCGAGCCCGGAGCCAGGCAGGCAGCGAAGAGCUGGAGAAUUGGAAGGAGGCGGGCGUCUUGCCUCGCCCCUGAAGGCAGCGGCAACGGGUCCCUUAGAGGGAGUUUGUGAAGACCUCUAGCAGGUGCUGCCAACACUGAUGAGAGAUCUUGUAUGCCAAGACUGUCAGUAUUUGAAUAGACCACAUCAUGCGUGAGUACAAGCUAGUCGUCCUUGGCUCGGGCGGCGUGGGGAAGUCUGCUUUGACUGUACAGUUUGUUCAGGGAAUAUUUGUUGAAAAAUAUGAUCCCACAAUAGAAGAUUCCUACAGAAAGCAAGUCGAAGUAGACUGUCAACAAUGUAUGCUUGAAAUCCUCGAUACAGCAGGGACAGAGCAAUUUACAGCAAUGAGGGAUCUCUAUAUGAAGAAUGGUCAGGGGUUUGCACUAGUAUAUUCUAUUACAGCACAGUCCACGUUCAAUGACUUACAGGACCUGAGGGAACAGAUCUUACGGGUCAAGGACACUGAAGAUGUUCCAAUGAUUCUGGUUGGCAAUAAAUGUGACCUGGAAGACGAACGUGUAGUUGGCAAAGAACAGGGACAGAACUUAGCAAGACAGUGGUGUAACUGUGCCUUUCUAGAGUCAUCUGCAAAGUCUAAAAUCAAUGUUAACGAGAUCUUUUAUGAUCUCGUCAGACAGAUAAAUAGAAAAACACCAGUGGAAAAGAAGAAGCCUAAAAAGAAAUCAUGUCUGCUGCUCUAGACCCACAGCUGCAGCAGCUCUGAGCCAGGAUUACAGGAAUGAAGAACUGUUGCCUAAUUUGGAAAGUGCCAGCAUUCCAGACUUCAAAGAACUACACCACGAAUUAGCAACAUAUCUGAAGAGGCUUCUGUUUUUAUAUAUUAUGUGAAGAAUUUAGAUCUUAUAAUGGUUUGCACAAAGGUCCCUGGGGAAAAGAAAAGAACAUGGCUCUGUGUAUAUCUCUUGGAAAUUAAAGACAAUAGUACUUCUCCUUUGCAAUAGCAGUUAACAGAUGUGAUAAUAAAUAUAAUUGACUCUAGUUGUAUGAUUAUACAAAAGAGCAUGGAUGCAUUUCAAAUGUUAGGUAUUGCUACUAUAAUUUCAUAUUGACCUCUUAUAAUUCCUCUCCCAUCCAGCACUAAAAAUGGUCAGUCACUUUUAAUAGUUUAUAUCUAUCAUGAUAUAACUAUUCAGACUUUACCCUUUGAACUCACUGCAGCAGAUAACUUUCUAAGUCAUUGACUUCAUUUUAUAUUUAAAAAGUUAUGGAAUAUCAUUAUUUUCAUUCUGCCAUUAUAUUCUAAUUAAAAUUGUGCAUAAUGCUUUGGGGGGGAAAUGGGUCUUUUUAUAGGAAAAAAAACCCCUGGGAUUACUGAUUUCUAUGGCUUUGAAAGCUAAAAUAUAUAAUAUACUAAACCAACUCUAAUAUUGCUUCUUGUGUUUUACUGUCACAGAUUAAAUUACAGCUUUUAUGAAUGAUUAAAUUUUAGUACAUUUUCAUUUUGUUUGUGUGUUUCUGUUCCAGGUUUUAGGUUUGGUAUUUUGAUUAAAAAUCUGUAAUAGUAAAUACUAGCAAGACACAUUGUACAACUCCCACUUAUUUCAGUAGGACUUGCUCUGGAAAUGUUCCCAGUAGAUGGUGACCAAAAUAGGCAGAUGAUUGUUUCCAUUGCAUAGAAUUCUGUUGGCUAGCCUGUGCAUGCUUUUGAGCUUCAUAGAACUCUUCAGGCAGAAAUGAUAUCAAAAUAGUUAACACAUAAGGAAAUGGGAUUGGCUCAUUUUGGAGAGCCCACAGUCAUAUUAGAUAAUACAAUUAUUAAUAAACUAUUAAUGCAUCUAACAGAUAUGACACAACGAAGGAUUGAGAUUGUGAACUCAAGAUGUUUUUUUAGUUUGUUUAUAAUAAAAUUUAUUUUUAAAUCUG